AUGGAGCGGGCAGGGAGCCGAAGAGGGUCAGAAGAUAAGCCCCGUGCACCUACGACAGCACGAGGAAAGCGUAUCAUGAAAGAGAGGGAGCCCAAGAUUGUUGAAAAUAAUAAGAAUACAAUCUUUCUUUCAGGCUCCACUGCCAACAAGGACUGCAACGAUCUCUUGAGGGAUCUCCUCUCUAUGCGCGCCCCAAUGGGUGUGCGCAGAAGAUUCAGAGAUAGGGAGGCCAAUCCCUUUGUAGACGCCAGUGAGCUCGAGUUUUUGUCGCAGCGGGUUGAUUGCUCCCUGUUCUGCACGGGAACAAGCUCGAAGAAGCGGCCAUCCAAUAUAGUUAUUGGUCGGAUGUUUGAUGGACAGGUGCUGGACAUGGUUGAGCUGGGUAUUGACCUCUACCUAGGCUUGACUGACAUACACUCACCAAAGCCCCAAUUCGGGACGAAGCCGGCCCUGAUCUUCGAGGGGGACCUGUGGAGCAAUGACACGAUAUUCGAGGGGUGUAAGUCUAUCCUCAUGGACUUCUUCCGGGGCCCCACGAUCACGGCCAUGGCCCAUGCAUCUCUGCGCUACUGCCAUGUCUUCUAUGCGGUCGGGUCCGAAGACUUGCAGACGCGUCGCAUCCUUAUGCGCACCUAUUACCUGUGCACGAGCCGCGAGCUAGAGGAGAAGGAGAAUGUCAAGAAGCUCCACCAGGAGAGCUGCGGGGGGAUCACUAUCAUCCCCAUGGGACCCAACGUCGACUUCACCCUCCGACGGACGCGGAUCCUCGACCGCUCGGAGAUGGCUGCGGCCAUGCGCCGGCAGCGCGCCAAGAAGGACCCCUCGAAGGUCCCGGGCGUCAAGAACGCAGAGUACGACGAGCUCGGCCGCGAGUUCGGGACCGUCUACGUCGACCGCCAGGACCUCGACAAGCUCGGCCUGCGGCGCUUCAAGGGGCUCCGCCGCGACCGGUCCGAGAGCGGGGAGGAAGGCGACGGAGAGGAGAGCGCCAGCGAGUAA